UCUAGCAUUCCACCAGCGAAUCCCUUUGAUCCGGAGAAAGCAGCCGACGCUCUGCGCAAGGCAAUGAAAGGCCUAGGCACAAACGAGGACACGGUCAUUCAGAUUCUCACGUCUCACUGUAACGCGCAACGGUUAGAAAUAGAAAGAAAAUACAGACAACUGUAUAAUCGAGAUUUGCGAGCUGACCUGACAUCUGAAAUCAGUGGCAAGUUUCUCAACAUCGCCUUGACACUGUUAGAUCAUCCCAGAAUCUUUGAUGUGUCUGAAUGUAACGAAGCCAUGAAGGGCGCCACCACAGACGAGGAUGCUUUGAUUGAGAUUGUAUCCACAAGAAGCAAUGAAGAGAUUGCUACAAUUUGCAAAUUUUUCAAGACAACUUACAAGAGAGAUUUGGAGCGAGAUGUUCAUGCACACACAAACGAAGACAUCAAACCUUAUCUGAGCUCCUUGCUGACAGGAGCUAGAGAAGAAACACUAGAACCAGAUGUAGGUCUGGCAAAGAAAGAAGCGCAGGAGUUGUUUAAGGCUGGUGAACAGAUGCUGACAGCCGAAGAAUCAACUUUCCAUCACAUGAUUUGCGUGCGAAGUGUACCUCAGCUUCGAGAAACAUUCAGUCAAUACAAGAAGAUUAGCGGUAACGACAUUGAAGGUGCUAUUGAGUCUGAGCUCAGUGGAAAUCUGCAAACUGCAUUCUUGGAUAUAAUCAAGGCUAUCAAAAACCCUGCCUCUUACUUCGCGGAGCGACUCUUUAAGAGCAUGAAGGGAGCUGGUACAAAUGACAGAACUAUGGUCAGAGCUAUAGUAUCUCGUAGUGAGGUUGACAUGGCUGCUAUCAAAGAGGAAUUUCAGAAAGCCUAUGGUAAAUCUGUGGCCGAAUUUAUUAGAGGAGAUACCAGUGGGGACUACAGAAAAAUCCUUGUGGCCAUUGUCAAAGAAUAA